UUCCGCCCCCUACGGCACGUCGCGGGGCAGCAAGAUGGCAGCAGCUGGAGGCGACUGCGGUGGCGUCGCCGAUGCGGACCGGGAAUUGGAGGAGCUUCUGGAAAGUGCUCUUGAUGAUUUCGAUAAAGCCAAACCCUCCCCAGCACCCCCUCCUACCACCACGGCCCCUGAUGCUUCGGGGCCUCAGAAGAGAUCACCAGGAGACACUGCCAAAGAUGCCCUCUUCGCCUCCCAAGAGAAGUUUUUCCAGGAACUAUUCGACAGUGAGCUAGCUUCCCAAGCCACCGCAGAGUUCGAGAAGGCAAUGAAGGAGCUGGCUGAGGAAGAGCCCCACCUGGUGGAACAGUUCCAAAAGCUCUCAGAGGCUGCAGGGAGAGUGGGCAGCGAUGCAACCUCCCAACAAGAAUUCACUUCUUGCCUAAAGGAGACACUAAGUGGACUAGCCAAAAAUGCCACUGACCUUCAGAACUCAGGCAUGUCAGAAGAGGAACUGACCAAGGCCAUGGAGGGGUUGGGUAUGGAUGAAGGCGAUGGGGAAGGAAACAUCCUCCCCAUCAUGCAGAGUAUUAUGCAGAACCUGCUGUCCAAGGAUGUGUUAUACCCAUCGCUGAAGGAGAUCACAGAAAAGUAUCCAGAAUGGUUGCAGAGUCACCAGGAAUCUCUACCUCCAGAACAGUUUGAAAAAUAUCAGGAGCAGCACAGUGUCAUGGGUAAAAUAUGUGAGCAGUUUGAGGCAGAGACCCCCACAGACAGUGAGGCCACUCAGAAGGCUCGUUUUGAGAUGGUGCUGGAUCUCAUGCAACAGCUACAGGAUUUGGGCCAUCCUCCAAAAGAGCUUGCUGGGGAAAUGCCUCCUGGCCUGAACUUUGACCUGGAUGCCCUCAAUCUUUCGGGCCUACCAGGUGCCAGUGGCGAACAGUGUCUGAUCAUGUGAAACACAACACGUUUUCCUCUCUGAGUCCCAGCCGUGGAGAACAUCUGGAGUCAGCAGAAUCACUGGGAACAGAGGCAGAAGUUAUCAUCUGCAGGAGCGGUCUGCCCGCUGCCCUCUUGUCAUCCCAUUCAAGACUGUGCCAUACCAGCUGAGGUUUUUCCUCUGUCUUUCUAGGAAUAAGGUCUGUUUUGCAGGCCUUUUCUGUGAGUCCUACUUCAUUUUGGUUUCUGCUGCUAUCAAAGACCCACCCACCUGGCAGGUAAAGGAAGGCAUCCCUUUUGGGGCCUGCACCUUAUUUCCUCUCCCAAAAUAAUGUUAUAUGUGGCCACACUGAUGACCAGUAUCUUUGUGCCUUGUCUCUACUCCCUUUCUUGGAUCUGGAGAGCAGGGGCAUAGUCCUGGGACUCUGUAUUUCCAUAGUUUUCUUGGCAGGGCCUUUGGGAAUCAGGAGAAAUGUAGUCUGGGCUGGGUUACAGGUCUGUCACCAUGCCACCUCACCUUCAGACAGACUGUUCUGAAUUCUCUAAGGGGGGAAAGGGCUUUUGCAUCUAAUCAUGAUAGGGUUGGAAGAGAAGUCCUGAGAUUCUCUUCUCCCUAGGUGCUGAGCCCUCAGCUCCCUAUUCUAGCCUGAGAACUCAAGUUGCUACCCAGGUUCUUCCUUCAGUGCUACGUGAUCUGGGUAAACCCAGCCCCUGACCUUCCUUUGUCCCCUGCCUGUCCUCCUACUGCCUCUCUUUUUAAAAUACGUGUUUAUUCCAACCCUUUUGAGCCCAAGCCGUGACAAUAAAGGGCCCAUCCUAUUUCCCCUCGUCUAGACUAUCUACCACUCUCACUGGCUUCCUCUGCCUGGCAAACAAUUGUAGCGUCAGGUCUGGGAAACGAACGGCCAUUCUUCCCCAGAUACAGUCUGGCUUAUUUAAGCCAUCUAAUUCCCUUAGGAUUCUCUCCCUUGGUUCAAGAAAGUAGCUUGGAAAAGGGAGAGGGUUAAAAUCUGGGGCCCUUUUCCUGCAGGCUCCAUGAGACAGUGUCUAAUAAAUAUUCUGAGUGAGGA